AAUGAAUAAAAGUUCUUUAAAGACCAGAAGAGAGAAGUCAGCGUGUAAAGGAGGGCGGGACAGGGGAGUGCCUUCCAGCCAAUCGGACUCUCCUUGGAAAACUGACUCACGUGCAAAGCUCUGCUGGCCAAUGGCAGGGGCGGGGCGGCUCUCGCUGUGUGACAGCAGCCCGGGCCAAUGGGCGUGUGGCCCGCGGCCUAUAAGAGUCAGCUGGAGCGGGGGUAUCAGGGCGUUAGGGUUGGGGGGGUUGGCGCUUUCGGAGGUGCUCCCUGGGUUUCCCUUGCCGUCGCUGCCGCCCCAUCCCUGCAUCUCCGCUCCGCUCCACCCAACCCCGACCUUGAUCCUAGCCGGGCUGCUCUUGCUGCCCUCCUCCCCCUUAUAACCACCCCACCUCCCCGGUUUCUACCGUCGGGGUCCCGGGGCCGGGCGAAGGAUGCUGUCGGAGAGCGGAGCUGAGAGCCGAGAUGGGGCGGCUGCGCAGGAGGGGACAGCUGCUGCGACCUCGGCGGUGGCUCCGGCCGCCCCAGCAGACGGCGGCCCCAACCCAGAGACCUCUCCGGCCUCCUCCGGCCGGCACCUGAGCAGGCUGAGCUGGCCACAGGUGAAGCGGCUGGACGCGCUCCUAAGCGAGCCGAUCCCCAUUCACGGGCGCGGCAACUUCCCUACGCUGAGCGUGCAGCCACGGCAGAUCGUGCAGGUGGUCCGCAACAACCUGGAGGCGCAGGGACUACGAGUGCACAGCGUGCGACUCCACGGCUCAGCUGCCAGCCACGUCCUGCACCCUGAGAGUGGCCUCGGUUACAAGGACCUGGACCUGGUGUUCCGGGUGGACCUGCACAGCGAGGAGUCCUUCCAGCUGACCAAGGCCGUGGUGCUGGCCUGCCUGCUGGACUUCCUGCCGACUGGUGUGAGGCGCGCCAAGAUCACGCCCGUGACCCUCAAGGAGGCUUACGUGCAGAAGCUGGUCAAGGUGUGCACGGACACGGACCGCUGGAGCCUCAUCUCGUUGUCCAACAAGAGCGGCAAGAACGUGGAGCUCAAAUUCGUGGACUCGGUGAGGCGCCAGUUUGAGUUCAGCGUGGACUCCUUCCAGAUCGUCCUGGACUCGCUGCUGCUGUUUGGCCAGUGCUCGUCUACGCCCAUGUCUGAGGCCUUCCACCCGACUGUGAUAGGCGAAAGCCUGUACGGGGACUUCAAUGAAGCCCUGGAGCACCUGCGGCACCGCGUCAUCGCCACACACAACCCGGAGGAGAUCCGUGGUGGCGGCCUGCUCAAGUACUGCCACCUGCUGGUGCGUGGCUUCCGGCCACGGCUGCUCCCCGACGUGCGCGCGUUGCAGCGCUACAUGUGCUCACGCUUCUUCAUUGACUUCCCGGACCUGGCUGAGCAGCAGCGCACGCUCGAACGCUACCUGGAGGCCCACUUCGGUGGUGGCGCUGCCGACGCCCCGCGCCGCUACGCCUGCCUCGUGACACUGCACCGUGUGGUCAACGAGAGCACCGUGUGCCUCAUGAACCACGAGCGCCGCCAGACGCUGGGCCUCAUCGCCGCUUUGGCGCUCCAGGCGCUGGCGGAGCAGGGCCCAGCCGCUGCUGCUGCACUGGCUUGGAGCUCUCCCCGCCCAGACGGGCUCUUACCGACCACCAUCAGUUAUUACGUGACCCCCGUGACCCCCAUGCAGCCGCUGCUGGCUCCAGCUCACUCCUACCCCACCUGGUUGCCCUGUAACUGACUCACACCCUGGGCAGAGGACACCAGGCCUUGCCGGAUGGUAUGGGGCCCUCAGGAGUGGGUGGAGGAUGAUGGGACCAGGGACAGACAGACUGCAUGCCCAGCCCUACUGCAGGGGCCGGCUUUCAGUAGAACUCCCCCAAGCAAGGCUUUGGGGUGGACAGGGACAGGCUAAAGCCCCUUGCCACUCUGAGUGGGGACGAUCCUUUGGUGAUUGCCCCACUUCUGGAUCAGGGUGAGAUCCAGGAGCUUUUUGUCUUGGAAAUUGCUAGGCUUCAAAAGGAAAAGCAAGUCUGGGAGGGAGGUAGCCUCCAGGCACAGCAGGGGUGGGGGGUGUGGAUAUGCCCCCAUCUCAAAAGGGUCUUCUGGCCAAGAGCCGUGCUCCCAAGGUCUAUAACCCACACUCCCUGCCCCCAGCAUGAAUGGGGACUGCUCACUUUGUGGGGCAGGGAAGGAGUCUGGACCACUAACAGGGCCCCGUGGUGGUCCAACCUGGCUAAUCACUGGAGAGGGAAACUGAGGCAUGAGGCUGACUCACAGGUCUGGGGAGGGAUGGGGAGAGACUCCUGAAAGGCAUACCUCAAGACCUGGAAGAGGCUGGAU